AGGAAUGUCGCAUUUUUUCGGCAGGGCGUGCUGCGACUCGCUUUACGGCCGCCUCACUCGACGCUCCUCCUUUUCCUCUCCUCGCUAAGAUGGCGGCGGCCGGGACUCUCUACACCUAUCCCGAGAACUGGCGGGCAUUCAAGGCCCUAAUCGCUGCCCAGUACAGUGGUGCCAAGAUCAAGGUCCUCUCUACUCCGCCCCAGUUUCACUUCGGACAGACCAACAAGACCCCUGAGUUCUUGAAGAAGUUCCCAGUUGGGAAGGUCCCAGCCUUUGAAGGGGAUGAUGGAUUCUGUGUGUUUGAGAGCAACGCCAUUGCACACUAUGUCAGCAAUGAUGAGCUUCGAGGAGCAACCAAGGAAGCUGCAGCCCAGGUCAUCCAGUGGGUGAGCUUUGCAGACAGUGAUGUUGUCCCUCCAGCCAGCACCUGGGUCUUCCCCACACUGGGCAUCAUGCAGUAUAAUAAGCAGGCCACAGAGUUUGCCAAGGAGGAAGUAAAGCGAGUUUUGAACAUUCUCGACUCCCACUUGAAAACCAGGACUUUUCUGGUUGGGGAGCGCAUCACCCUCGCUGACAUAACGGUUGUCUGCACUCUGCUGUGGCUGUACAAACAGGUUUUGGAGCCAUCCUUCCGCCAGCCUUAUGGAAAUGUGAAUCGUUGGUUUGUGACCUGUAUCAAUCAGCCACAGUUCAAGGCUGUCCUGGGAGAAGUGAAGCUGUGCGAGAAGAUGGCACAGUUUGAUGCUAAGAAGUUUGCUGAGCAUCAGCCCAAGAAGGAUGCGCCCAAGAAGGAGAAGCAGCCCAAGGAGGAGAAGAAGUCCGAGAAGAAAGAGGAGAAGAAGCCAGAACCUGAAGAGGAAUUGGACGAGUGUGAGCAGGCUUUGGCCGCUGAGCCGAAAUCCAAAGACCCCUUUGCUGACCUCCCCAAGAGCUCCUUCAUCCUGGACGAGUUCAAGCGGAAGUACUCGAACGAAGAUACCCUGACGGUGGCGCUACCCCACUUUUGGGAGCAUUUUGAUAAAGAGGGCUGGUCCAUCUGGUACGCAGAGUAUCGCUUCCCAGAGGAGCUCACGCAGACCUUUAUGAGUUGCAAUUUAAUCACAGGCAUGUUCCAGCGCUUGGAUAAGCUGCGCAAGAAUGCCUUUGCCUCUGUCAUCCUCUUUGGCACCAACAACGCCAGCAGCAUCUCGGGCAUCUGGGUUUUCCGUGGGCAGGAGCUGGCCUUCACACUGAGCCCUGACUGGCAGGUGGAUUAUGAAUCCUACACUUGGAGGAAGCUGGACCCCAGCAGUGAGGAGUGCAAGACGCUGGUGAAGGAGUACUUCCUGUGGGAGGGAGAAUUCAAGCACGUUGGCAAGGCGUUCAACCAGGGCAAGAUCUUCAAGUGACGCAGCGGCCGGAGCUGGCCCAGAACUGUUCCCAAAACACGGACCUAUCAAGGGACAUUCCCCCCCCCCAGUGGACGCUGCCGCCACCACCACCACCACCACCAGUGGCAACAACAACUCAAGGCAGGAGGAGAGAGAGUGUGAUGUUCUAAGAUGUGAAUUAAAAUCUUGAGUGUGCUACUA